UGCUCUCCCUGCAUUGUUCCCAUGUAUCCUAACGCCAGGAUCACACCCUCUUCCCUUGCAGAGAUGGGCGACAUGGAGUCCUACAAAGUGAUGCUGAAUGGGCCGGCACCCUGGGGCUUCAGGCUGCAGGGAGGGAAGGAUUUCAGCAUGCCACUCUCCAUCUCCAGGCUGACUCCAGGUGGGAAGGCGGCUCAGGCUGGUGUGGGAGUGGGCGACUGGGUGCUAUACAUCGACGGGGAGAGCACCAGUGCCAUGACACACAUUGAGGCCCAGAACAGGAUCCGUGCGUGUGGGGACAGGCUCUGCCUCACCCUGAGCAGAGCCCAGAACCAGCUGGGGAAGCCGCAGAAGGUGCUGAGCCUUGACAAGCAGCCCCCUCAGCUGCUGGAGCCCCCCAGCAGCCCCGUGUGCGACCCUGUGAAGCUGCGGAUGUUAGAGGACAUUGACGACUCGCAGCCCCACAGCUGGACCUCCCAGUCCCGCUCCUUCCGCAAACUGGCCCGGCUGGUGGGCGCAGACAGCAUGGAGGAUGGUGAGGAUGAGCUUGUUAAAAAGCCCAGGGAUGCCCAUGGGUCCGGCUGGGGCACAGUGGAGCAGUGGCAGCCCCCUCAGCCACUGGAGCCCCCCAGAAGCCCUGGGUGUGAUCCUGGGAAGCUGCGGAUGUUAGAGGACGCUGAGGACUGGCAGCCCCGCACCGGGACCUCCCAGUCCCGCUCCUUCCGCAAACUGGCCCAGCUGACGGGCACAGAUGGCAUGGAGGAUCAUGAUGAGAUGUUUGUUAGGAAGCCCAGCCAGGUCUCCGUGUCGGACCCAUCUCCAGGAGCAGCGAUGAAGACUGAGCCAGGACUGGCCCCCAGGACCCCCACUGCCACCCCGGGCCCCACCAGCCGCCCACCGUGGGCUGUGGACCCGUCGUUCGCCGAGCGCUACGCUCCGGACAAGACGAGCACGGUGGUGAGCAAGCACAGCCAGCCGGCCACGCCGACCCCCAUGCAGAACCGCAGCUCCAUCGUGCAGGCGGCCCAGCAGGCCCCCGAGGGGCCCGGCUGCACCCCCCUCUGCUACAAGUGCAACAAGGUCAUCAGGGGACGGUACCUGGUGGCACUGGGACAUUAUUACCAUCCCGAGGAGUUCACCUGCUGCCAGUGCAGGAAGGUGCUGGAUGAGGGUGGCUUCUUUGAGGAGAAAGGUUCCAUCUUCUGCCCUAAGUGCUACGAUUCACGCUACGCACCCAGCUGUGCCAAGUGCAAGAAGAAGAUCACUGGAGAGGUCAUGCACGCUCUGAAGAUGACCUGGCACGUGCAGUGCUUCACUUGCAAUGCCUGCAAAACUCCCAUCCGCAACCGAGCCUUCUACAUGGAGGAGGGACAGCCCUACUGCGAGAGAGACUACGAGAAGAUGUUUGGCACCAAGUGCCGUGGCUGUGACUUCAAGAUCGAUGCUGGGGACCGGUUCCUGGAGGCCCUGGGGUUCAGCUGGCACGACACUUGCUUCGUCUGUGCGAUCUGCCAGACCAACCUGGAAGGGAAGACAUUCUACUCCAAGAAGGACAAGCCGCUCUGCAAGAGCCAUGCUUUCUCCCAUGUGUGAGGGGUGGAAGUUCAGCUGUGCCCACGCGUGCCCCUGGCCCUGCAUGCUCCUCUCCUCCCAUCCUGAUGCCUCCAGGGAGCCAGGCUGGGCCCUUGGCCCUUUCCCUUGCUCCUGCCUCUUUCCUGGCAGCUCCUGGCCUGAAUUCAGCUGGAGACAGUGCUGGGUGCAGAGCCCUUAUAGCUGGGUGACUUCUUCUGUGCUUCCUGACUGGCCCUAGGAGCCCUGGGAAGGGGAUGCUGCAUGGAUUUCCUGCCCCUGAACCACGCAGCAUAGUGGGCACAGCCGUGCUGAGGCUGGAAUUGGGGAUGCUCUGGUGCAACCAGGCUGCUCCCUUGCUGCCUGGCAGCUCAGUGCUGGGGCAGGGAUGUUCCUAACACAUCCCUGAAUGGGUGAGGACCAGCCCCCUGCCACACUCUUCCUCACCUUCCCUGCUGUGUGCUUAGUGCAUGGGGCUGGAGACCCAGCCCUGCUCCCCUACCCACAGCAACCCCCCAAUCAUCCCACAAACUGCUGCAGUGGCUUCCUGCCCUGGCUGCAUUCCAAGGGAAGUCCAUGCCUUGCAACCCCACUGCUCCCCUGAGGCUGGCAGCACCCCCAGCCUGGUGUGCCCCAGCCCUGGGCUGGCAGCUUGUGUUGAUGGCCAGCUGGCUGUCUGCUCCUGCAAGGCUUGGGCACGGCUUCCUGCCAAAGAGUGCUCUGUCACCACCGUCCUGGGCCCAUCGAUGCCUCCCCCCAACCCACACCCUCUGGUCGGGCUGCACUGAUGUAGCCACUGUGCUUUUAAUGCCUUUAAUAAACACAUCUCUGCGAGUGCC